AUGGAUCACACUUCAAACGACCUGGUUCUUUCUCAGCCCAUCUCUCAACCUGCUCUUGAUCAGGAUGUCCAGCUCGGUAUGAUGUACGAUGCGCGGACGUCACAGUUCUUCAGUGGUAUUUCCCUCUGGGAUAACAGUACCGUCAAUCCCACUGCGGAGAUCGACACCAAGCAACUCCAGGGGGCUGAGUUCCACUUCUCGGAAUCACUUGAGGAGUCACGCAAAAAUAGCUCGUUGGGGCUUGAGGGCUCACUGGGCCUCGAUCUUCAGCUGGUCACCGCAACGGGCGCAGCCAGGUACCUUGGUGACAAGAAAACAAGCACUCAUGAGGCACGCAUUGAUGUAUCGUGCUCGGUGGUGCGUCGCACGCGUCGCAUCCCCCAGGAGACCUUGGCCGCUAUGAAGUACGAACAAUACCUCGACAGUGACCGUUUCACACACUUCGUCUCCGAGGUGGUCGAAGGUGGCAGCGCUACCCUCAGCUAUGUUCAGUCCUGCUCCACUGCCGACGAGGCCAGGAAGGUCACGAGCGAGCUCAGAGCUGGCGUUGCAAAUAUUCCCGUCAAUGGGUCUGCCACGGUGGAAUUCUCAAAACAGAAGGACGAGAAGUUCGAAAACGUCAGGAUCUCAUACAGUGGCGCUAUCGCCGAAAGUGUAUCUAACCUUGACGAUGCCCGGCGCGUUACAGCAGAAAUGCCCGAUAAACUAGCGCAACAGAUGAACACUCUCUCUUACAAGCUCUUACCACUAUCUACUAUCAACAACAAGGUGAAGUGCCUCGUACGGGCUCUUGACUCUCAACUCGUCGAUAAGACAGCAAAGACGCUCCAUGCGGGAUUGACAACCACCCUUAAGCUGCAAGACCUCGCUCAGCUCGAGGUAUUCCAAAGACACUUCCUUGACAUUGGACGCCAGAUAUCCAAUUUCCAAGCCAUGUUCGCCGAAUCUCGAACCAGCUUCACGAUUGAUGCACGUCAAUUGCUACCUGAGUUGCGGGAUAUUAGGAGUGAUAAAAAUGAGAAGAUCUCUGAACUUCACUCAACCGUCACUCUCUUUGAGCAGCGUAUCGCCAUCGCUGAGAGAUUUAUCAAGCGAAAGGAGAGUGAAGCUUUUGUUCUUAAUGGGACUGUCGCGGCGCUUGUUACGGACAAGUUUGUCAACCACCUCGGCGCCGCCGGCGGACUGCAACACAAGUCGAUGGUCGACGUAGAGAAACCGAGGCUGUUUUUGUCCUUGAGCGAUCGUUUCGUCGGAGCCUCGACCCAUCCACUACAAGAGGCCCUUUUGAAGGCACCCGGUGAUACAGGAGACUGCGUCGGCACAUCGGACGACGACUCUGAUGAUGACGCAGAAGAAGAAUGGUUCGAAAACGAACAAAUUGUCUCCAACGUCAGGCAGUCUUGCGCAACUCUUCGUCAACAACGGCUGCUAUCAGGGGAUGCCGUCGAAUUUGGGAUCGCUUUCAUACAGAAAGCUUACCGUCCCGGAGUUGGGGAAGGGAAGAGGGUUAAAACCAGCAUGGGAGAUAUUCUCUUGGACAGCCCUCACAGCCCCACCAAGAAUCUCAUCGUCACAGGGCUGCUCCCCAAGGCGCCCGCCAGCCCUCAACUCACCGUGCUCGGCCAGAGCAUCACCGUCUCUUGGGAUCGAGAGCCAGAGGAGCGAGAAGAGCGAGAAAGAUCGGCCUUCCCAAUCACGGGCUUCAUCUUGCAAUACCGCCGUCAGAAGAACACUCAGAAAGAUGGAGCUUUCCCCCGGGCAGGCGAGAACGAGAAAGUGACGGAAGUGAAGUUCUCAGCUUCCACCAGUACAGUGCUACUUGAGGACUUGCCGGACGACUGCGAUCACAGUAUAGCCAUCAGUGUCCAAACACUCAUCGGACCUUCAGAAUGGAGCAUACCUGCUGUAGGCCGCACAGCCAAGUUGCCGUCUGUGGCUUCGGAGAUGGUUGCGUUCUUCGCCAAGAACAGGGCUUCGCUAUCUAAAAGGACACCCGGCUGUAUUUUGACACCAUGGGGCCUUGACCAGUCUGGUCGCAAAGCAACACUAUUUCUGGGUCUCAAGGAAGUGGCUUCGCGGACGACCUCAGACCGGAGAUUUGGAGGCGAAGUUGUUGUCCGCAUCAUGGAUGUCGCGCCUCAAUUCAAACCCGAGAUACAAGCAUCCGAUAUCACUAAUAUGGAUGACACUUUGGUUGUCGUCUUUGCUGGUACUAGCGGUCACGGAAAGAGCACCCAGAUCAAUGCAUUUAUCUCGUUUCUUUUCGGUGGUGAGAUAGAUGAUGAGGCACGCAUACUGGUUGUCGAUGAUCGCGGUGCCAAUCAGGCCGAAUCGGUGACACAGAUUGUCAACUGUUACAGGAUCCGACCACUCAAUCCUCUAUUCUAUGGCAGAACGAUUCUCGUUGUCGACACUCCUGGCUACGGUGACACCAGAGGGGUGGCACGCGACGCCUUUGUGACCGCUGCCAUGUCAGAAUUCUUCAAAACGGUCACACAUGUCAACGCCAUCAUCUUCACUUGCCGCGCCAACGAGACACGCACCACAAUCCUUGAGCCCGUGGCGACGUAUGUGUUCUCCCUCUUCGCCAAAGACGUCAAAUCGUGUCUUAGAACCAUCUACACCUUUAGUGACGCCGGUGAGCCCCUGGCUCGCGCGACCUUGAGAAAGCUGGAAUGGCCCAUCGAGAACGGAGAGAUCUCCGUCAAUAACAGCGCAUUCAGCAUCAAUCCAACAGGCGUCCAGAGUGAUGUCUUCCGCGACGGCUGGAUUCAGUGCGUCAGAGGACAGUUCCAGGUCAUGGAAAUGCUCCGUUCCAUGACGCCAAUUCCUACGAUCAACAGCGCCCAGGUGACGAAAGAUCGAAUCCUACUGGAGCAAAAGUGCCAACUUGCAGAAAAGAAAAUUCUUCGCACGGCAACUGAGGCCCAGAACUUGAUUGCAAAUAUGGGGGCACUCGCCAAAGCCGUUGGUGCGGCUCCCGGCCAGAAAGUCAAGAUCACACAUGACGUGGCGGUGCAGAAAGACCUUCCCGCAGGCCUAGCCACCACUUUGUGCCUUGAGUGCAACUUCACCUGCCAUGAAGUAUGCCGCUUAAGCGAUGACGUAUCUAAAUACUUCUGUGCUGCCAUGAACUAUGGCAAUUGUACUGUUUGCAAGAAACAUUGCAGCUGGAACAAACACAAAAAUACUCGAUACAUGAUCGUCAUUGAGGAGCGCAGUCAGUGGCUUGUGCCAGAGGAACUCAUCAAACGCUGGAACUCGAACAACAAUUCCCUUGAGGGAGCCCUUCUCAAGGCCAUAGAAACCUACCUUAAGCUCCAAACAGAGUUGCGAGAUGAUCUCAUCGAGUUAGCCGAUUUGAGUGAGCAGCUCACGAGGAGAGCAAUGUUCAACAGGGGGUUAGGCCUCAUCAAAUACGUCGAGAGGUUAAUUAGCGUUGCAGAAGCACGCGGUGCACCAAAGGAACAGCUGGAACAGCUCGCAACGGCUAAGAACACCUUGAUUCUUGCGGCAGAGAUUCACAGGCGGGGAGAGGGCGCGACACGGGACUCUAGCAUCUUGCUCGAUGUCAUGGGUGCUGUUCAAAAGGAGAUGAAGAGGAGGAUGAUGCUAUCUCCGAACGAUCGGGCAAGGGAGGAGGAAAUGCCUUGCAACCUGUACAACGAUCUCUGCGACAAACUACCAGCUGAAAUCAAGAACAAAGCCCCGAAGCCUUUGAGAACGCCAGGCAACUUCACGCGAGGGGCCUUGUAUCCGGCGAAUCUGCAAGCGGUUGUCACUCUGGUUCAACUCGUACUCAAGGACGGCGGAGUUGUGGCUGCACUUGCCAGUCCAGACUACCGCAUAACUGAGUCUGAGGGGGUCAAGCCGACAUUGGAAGUGAAGGGUACAAGCAAUGAGGUUGGUCAUAGAAUCGAUAAGCGCGCUUUUCUUUCAGCCUUCCUGCCGAGAUGUAUGUAG